CAUCCACAGUGAGACGUCAGAACUGCAGCACAGAGAACCGACUGGAAGCUAAGAACCGGAACCAACGGAAGCCGAGCUGGAUCUAAAAUCCGCUUUGAGAAAUGGCGGCCGCUGAAGAUACUAACACCACACAAAACCCCAGCGGUUCAGAGGCUCCGAAACUGUCGGAUUUACUGGACCGGGGCUGGAAGCUGUAUGAAGAGGUGGACACCACAAACGAGCCGAGUAGCUCCACUGCAGUGCAGGUGAAAGUGAAGCGCGGCAUCAUGCAGCUGGAGGAGGCGACGAUGAUGGUCAAUCAGCUCGACCUGUUCAGUCGUAACGAGGCGUUGGAGGAAAUCUCCACAACCGACCUGAAGUACCUGUUGUUGCCGGCUCUUCUGGGAGCGCUCACCAUGAAGCAGGUGAACCCCAACAAGCGGCUGGAGCAUGUGCAGGCGGCCCGGGUCUACUUCAUGGACUUCCUGCAGAGAUGCAAGAGUUAUGACAUAUGUAGUUUUCAGCUGCCCAAAACCAGUGAGAACACAGCAGAUACUCCUACUGAGGAGCAGAUGAAUCCACCAGUCCCCGUGCCAAUGUCACAGUCAGACCUCAUUGCCAUGGCAACACAAAGACAAGCCAAAAUUGAGAGGUUUAACCAGCGUAAGGAGACAGAAGCUAAGCUGAGUGAGAUCAGGGGGCUGGUUGAAUCUGGUUCAGCCGAUGAAGAGGUGGUGAGAGAUUUUUACCUGCUGAAUGUACGCAGGUGGGUCACGCUAGCACUAGAGGAGAUCGACUCUAUCAGCCAGGAGAUAGAGAUUCUGAAACGGAUGGAGCUUUUCAAGCAGAGCGCGCCCCAGCCAUCUCCACCUAAAAGACCGCCUAUGAAGCCUUUUAUCCUGACUAAGGAUGCUGUGCAGGCAAAAGUGUUUGGUGCAGGGUAUCCCAGUCUUCCUACCAUGACAGUGGAUGAUUGGUAUGAGCAGCACCGGCGGCAAGCAUGUUUACCUGACCAGGGCAUACCACGCAGUGCAGCAAAUGAUGAUAAAGAGGAAGAUGAGAGAGCAGAAAGGGAGAGGAAGGAAGAGAAUGAUGAUGAAGAGGCACUGCAGAAGGCACGUGACUGGGACCACUGGAAGGAUACACACCGGAGAGGAUAUGGCAACCGCAAAAACAUGGGCUGAUCUGAUUUCACUCAAGCACACACAUGUAUGCGCAUCCCUUCAGUUCCCACAAAUAAACCUCCCAAUGCUGCCAAUAAGUGACAUGGACACAACAGAGAGUGGCGCUGUAGUGGUUAGUUAAACUGGUUACUUUUUUUUUCUAAACCAAGUUUGCGUACUUGACAUUCUUUUAUAUGUCUCUAUAUAAAUCUUGGUGAGCUUAAAUACGACCUUAAACCCCUGAGCAUUUAUGGAGAUGGAUGUUUGGGCGUUUUUGCAUAAUUUCACGUCACCUUUUCCUACAUGAAUAAAAGUUUGUCUUUUCAUGGA